AGAUAUAUGCAGAUAACGCUCAAACUCCACUGUAACGAAUUCUUUUCAGUCUGUUUGUACGACGCGUGUUUUCGGCAUUUAUAAAUAUACGCAACACGCGAUUGCGAUUGUUAUCAUUUUGGAAAUAUUUGUGGUUACAAUAGUAUGACCAGUAAAAAAUUGAAAGUUGAGGAGCACGACGAUAAUGCGGCUCAACAAAUGGAAGCCGGGAACGAAAGUGAAGACGACUCGAGUAACGAUGAAAAUCCCGAUAUCUACAAAGGUGAUGAGGGAAUUACCGUAGAUUUUGAAGGCCGAAAUCCAAUCGAUACGGAUCUAGAUGGAAUCAAACAAAUGCUGGGGCAGCUGUUUGUCAAAGCACACAUCGAUCUAACUGAGUUGUCUGGUGUUAUCGUUGGGCAAAAUUAUGUAGGGAGUGUGCUAAAGCAAGCGUACACUGACGACGAUGAAGAAGACGAUGAUUCAAUGGAUGAAGAUCCGUGUCAGGUUGUAUUCGGUGUAACUUCCGCUAUCAAUCUGUCUAACAAGCUAGAUCAAAAUUGCUUCAAACAACUGCAGAAGAUGAUUUUUGAAAAAGCAGAGAAAUACGCCACAGAAGCGGUGUUGCAACUGUUCCGUGAAGCACUGCAAAGUGGAACAAAAUGUACAGCCCUUUUGUUGAAUGAAAGAUUCGUAAACAUUCCUGCUGCUGUAUGCGUUCCUAUGUUUGAAAACCUUCUAGUGGAAAUCGAUCGAGCAAAGGCAAAAGGUAUGCCUUACAAGUUUGACUAUUUUCUGAUGUUUGUUAAGUACUAUCAGAAGGCGGCUUCUGGAACGAAAUCUGCAGAAAUAUUAUACUCCAAUGAUGAGGAAGAGUAUUUCAUUAAGGAUUCAGUAGCCAGCUUCGACUAUUCUGUGCAGAAGGAAACUGCAACCGCAUUGGCUGGCAACUGGCUAGAGGAGGAUGAAGAGCUGCAGCCGUUCAGAAAAGUUUUACUGAUAGAUGCCAAUAAGCUGCCAGGGAUUAUCAAUACUAUCAAAAGUUUAGUCGCAAAUGCUGUCAAUAAUUGAUAAAUUAGUAAAGUAUACAUAUAUGAAUUUCCAAACAUA